AUGACCUUCUUAUUCGUGGAUUCCUCCAUUGUCACCAACAUUAAAAUGAGGAUUGUCCCAGAAUACUAUUUCUCGUGUCUGGCUCCACCGUUAGGAGGCAUGUUUGGAUUUAGGAGGGCGGCUGAACGUGUGGAAUGUAGUCAGAGAGUGGUGGACUCUAUUGUGGAUAUGGAGGCUAUGGAGUUUGUUGGGUUGGGUCAGGCAUGUUUCUUUGAAUCAUUACCAUUUACGUAUGGUAUAGAUUGUCAGGCUGCUGGACCUAAUGGUCGAGAUUCAGAAGCGUGUAAACCAGAAUGGUUGACUUAUUCAACCGUAUGUAGUGAAUCGCUUAACCAGCUAGCAGAUCACGUUCAUGAUGCUGGAAUGAGAUUCCGCGUAUUCGGCAUAAAUACAAGAUGGCGAGGCUUUGGAGUCCGAAUACGACUCGCAGGCUCAUACGCCAGACUCCAACCCCACAACAAGCUCCUAAUAGUCUCUGACGCAGACGACGUAGUCCUUCUCCCAACCCCACACUGCUCAUCCGCCCACAUAACAUCCCGAUUCAUAAACACAUCUACACCAAUUCUUUUCAUGGCAGAACGAGGCCUAUGGCCAGAAGUCUGGCUCUCACGGGACUUUGAAGUCAAAUCAACCAGUAACACAUCACCAUACAAGUACUUGAAUGCCGGUACGUAUAUAGGGUAUGCAUGGGCUGUCGCUGAUUUGGCAGAGCGGGUGCAUCGAGGUGAUUGUACGGAUGAUCAAAAGAGUUUUAUACACGCGUAUUUGGACGAUGUUGGUUUUGUGUCGGAGGGAUUGAAUAGGAGGAGUAUGUAUGAUAAAUGGGAUUUUAGAGAGGGCGUGCAACCGGAGGGGUUUCAAAAGUAUAUUAGACUGGACGUGGAUAACGAGUUGACAAACAGCUUGUUUCAAGAGUCCAUGUCGGAUUUUGACUUCACGUAUGUAAAUACAAAGGGGCUUGUGGUGAAUACUCAUACGGGUGGUAGGCCUUGUAUAUUUCAUCAGAAUGGUGACAAGAGUCGUCAAAUCUUGCCGCAGUUUAGGACAAAAGUCGGUGCAUAA